AUGACAAAACAACUCUCCCCCAAAACCCUCUCCGCCCACAUAAACCGCCUCAUAUCCCGCUGGCCCAGCGAUCCCGUCCGCCCCUCCGCCGUCUCCGUACAAACAUAUCUAAAAACCCGUCUUCCUACCACCCCCACCCCCACCACAUCUUCCUCUUCUUCUCCUUCACCACCAACAGCAACAGCGACAGCACCACAAUCACAAGCGCAAGCGCAAGCGCAAGCGCAAGCGCAACAACAGCAACAGCAAUCACAACUCUCCACCGCCAGCAUAAACGCGCUCUACUCGCUGCUGGAAAACCGGUACGAGAAACAAUACCCGCUGCCGCAAAAUUUGCGGCAUCCGCGCAGUGCACCGUCGCAUUAUGAUGAUGUGCUGCGGGAGUUUAGGGAGGCUCCGGGCAGGGGCUGGGUGAAGAGGAUGAUGGAGAAGCUUAGGGGGGUUUUGAGGUUUCAGUAG